UGUAACAAAAAAAAAAAUGUUUUAGGACACACAAUCACACAGCUUCAUUCUCUUCCCUGUAACAAAAAAAACUUCAUUCUCUUCCUUCCUUGUGUUAACCCUAGCCAUGGAGAGAAAAAGCAAAGGCCGCCAAAAGAUCACCAUGACCAAAAUGGAGAACGAGAGCAACCUCCAAGUCACCUUUUCAAAACGGCGAUCCGGUCUCUUCAAGAAAGCCAGCGAGCUUUCAAUCUUGUGUGGUGUCGAGGUGGGAAUCAUUGUAUUCUCUCCUGGCAAAAAGGCCUACUCUUUUGGCCACCCCACUGUGGAUAUGAUCAUCGACAGGUUUCUGUCCCGGGACGCUCCUCUGAACAGUGGAACCCACCAGCUGGUGGAGGCUCACCGGAGUGCCUGUGUCCGGGAUCUUAAUCUGCAGUUGAACCAUGUUCAGGCCCUUCUGGACGUGGAGAAGCAGCGCGGCACAGCCCUAGAUCAGCUGAGGAUGGCCGAGGGUCAGGGCGAACAUCGCUGGUGGGAGGGUUCGGUUGAGGAGAUGAAUCUGCCACAGCUUCAUCAGUUUAAGGCUGCUAUGAUGCAACUCAGGACCAAGAUUGGAAUCCGCGCUGAUAGGAUUCUGCACGAACAGCCUGCCAAUUCCUUUGGAUUUGGGGUGGGACCGACUUCUUUUGGUGGUGGUGCUGGAUUUCAUCCAGGGCCGAGUUCUUUUGGAGGUGCUGGAUUUCUUGCUGGGCCGAGUUCUUUUGGUGGUGGUGGUGGUAACACUGCUGCUGGUGGUGGUGGGUUUUUUGCUGGGCUUGGUGGUGGUGGUGGUACUUCUUUUGGUGGUGGUGGUGGUGGAUUUCUUGAUGGGCGGAGUUCUUUUGGUGGUGGUGCUGGUGGCUCGUCAUUUCAGGCCAGAGGUGGUGUUGGCUCGACAUUUCAGGCGGGCCCGAGUUUUGCUGGAGGUGGUGGUAUUGGUGCUUUACCAUUUGGUGCAGGGCUGGGUUCUUUUGGAGCUGGUGGUGGUGGCAGCGACAACAAUAGCAUUGUUCCAUUUGAUGGUAGGAUUCCAGACACCGGUGGUUCGAAGGCUCCUUAUGGAUUUAACCAUGGCUAUGGUCGUGGUUUUUACUAGAAGCUCAUAUGACUGAUUUAUAUUAAUGUUUUUUUGACAUUGUACACAGUUUUUCUUUUUUCUUUUUUUGUCUUGGUGAUGUUGAACCCCAUAUUGGAAUAAAUUGACACUUUUAUGUGUGUGAUUGAU